GCUCAGAAAUCGAAGAUUAUUCGUGGUGGUGCAUUUGUUUUUUUCGCUUCGCUCGCGAAGUGAGCCCAGUUUUAAAUUAUUUAAAUUGCGUAUAGUGAAGCCACUUGAAAGCGAAACGCCUACUGUCGCAGUUCUGCCAAAAAACCAACAGUAUUAGCUGUGUGCGUGUUUGGCAACAACAAGUCAACAAAAUUCGAACAAAAUCAAUAAAACGGAAACGUGAGAGAGCGCUGCGCAAAAGAGAAAAGCGAACGCAAUCGCAAUCGACCAACGCAUAGAAGAAAACAAGUCAUGCCGCACAACAACCAGCCGUCUCCCGGGGAUGAUCAGUUGGGACCGCCAAAGGCGGACUUCAGUGCUCCGCCACCGUACGAGGCGAACGUUGGCCAUGGCCAGCAGGUAGCACUGCCGGCUCAGAUGCCACCGCUGGCCUUGGCCACACCCGAUCCCAGUCAGAUCCCGAUACAGAUGCAAGUGCAGCUGCCGAGCCAGGCGGACCUUAUGAAUGCACAACUGCCGCCAGAAAUACACGGGAAGUUGCCCACGUACGAGGAGGUUCAAAUGGAAAAGUCGCUGAACGGAGAGCUGCCGCCCGCCUUUUUGACUUUACCCUCCUCGCAGCAGCUACCGCCGCCGCCGAAUCCGCUACUGCCGCCAAAUCCGCUGCGCGAUGGAGCCGCUGCUGUGCGAUCUGCCCAGCCGGCACUCACGUUCAUCGCCAUCGAUGCCAGCGAUCCGGAAAAUAGUCUGUCCACCACCGACAACUUGCUCGGCACGGACAUCAUGUUCAUCACGGCCUUCAUUGUGGCCUUUUUGUUUAACUGGAUCGGCUUCCUGAUGCUCACCUGUUUCUGUCACACAAUCGCCGCCCGAUAUGGAGCAUUGUCGGGAUUCGGAUUGUCGCUGGCUAAAUGGACGCUGAUCGUGAAGCACUCGACGGACUUGGCCUCGCACGAAAACUCCUGGCUCUGGUGGCUGAUCUGUGCCUUUGGCUUCCUGAUCAGCAUACGCGCUUUAAUACAGUAUGUCAGCAUCAAGCGAUCGUGGCGCCUCCUUUCCGCCUCUGCCCAGGAACGGCUGCUAUUCUUUUACUAGGUGCACCUGGAGGCUUUCCAGUGGUCGUCUUGUAAAUACGUUGUGGGUGGCUAGGAGGCUCGAAUGCUACCAACCAACCGAUCCCAACACCCUCUAUUCCCCAGACCCAGCACACGAAAAAUCAACGCGAACUUAUUUUGCAGAGUUCUCGAAAUCACUAUGGACUUGAAAGUAUUCCCUCAAAUGUAUUAGUCAAUCAAUUUCUUUAAAAUAGAAGUAAUGUUAUUCAAAAAUAUACUUUGUAUAUCCGUUUACUACACUUUCAAGUCACAAACUUAUUGGGAUAUCUCGCAAGUCCAAAAUUGCAUUAGCUUUCAAGAAAGUUUCAAUUUUCUUUUAAAUACUAAAUGUAUUGAACAGUUUUACAUUAAGCCAAUUGUAAAUUGUAAACGGUGCAGCGGCUUAGAUGUUGCGAAGAAAAUUCGAUUUCGAGAGCUAUCCGAGUUGUGGGUUAUCAUUUUUUGUAGUUUCUGUGUUAACUAGAGACGUUAAAAAUGUGUGUUAAAAAGUGAAAGGCGAAUGCAUCUUCGCAUCUGCUCUCCCCCAAUCGAUUAUAAUUGUAAAUGUAUGUGAAAUGUGUAUGGAUAUAUAAAUAUCUCACCCUAAUUGAUCCCUCUACACCCCCACAAAAUCUCCCUAGGCCUUUUAGUGGCGCCCAUGCACUUGAAACAAAGACACAAAACAAACCAAAAAAUAAAUGGGAUACAAAAUUAUAAAGGGUCGAGAUAGAAAAGUAUGCCACCCAUAUCUUUUGUUGAGCCCAUUUUACGCUGUGGUACUUAAUUAAUUAACUACACAAGAGCCAGCAGUAAUACGAAUGCUAAACACACACAAACAACUAUUGCUAGAACAUAUGAUUAUUGCCUAUUAUAACGUUUAAUUACUAUGUUUAAUCCCUUUGUAUGUAAAUCAAACGAUGCUUAUGCAUUGCAAAGGGUGCAGAGUCGCAUUAUCUGCGCCAGUUUUAUGCAAAUUCAAUAAAAUCGAAUGAUGUCAUUC